AUGUGGGAGACCUGGGUUCAAUCCACGGGUUGGGAAGAUUCCCCUGUAGGAGGGCAUAGCAACUCACUCCAGUAUUCUUGCCUGGAGAAGCUACAUGGAUUCUUGGGUAGGCCACAGUCCCUGCAGCUGUUCUCCACCUGCAUGGCCUUCUCUCUGGGGGCCAGCGUGGGCACCUGGAAGGGGGCCAUAGGUAACUGGUCCAUGUUCAUCUGGUGCUUCUGCUUCGUCCUGACCCUCCUCAUCCUCAUGGUUGAGUUAUGUGGGCUGGAGGGCCACUUUCCCUUCUCCUGGGACAACUUUCUCAUCACCUGCAACUGCUACUCUGCCCUCCUCUGCCUCUCGGCCUCCAUCAUCUACCCCAUCAUCUACGUUCAGCUCUUGUCCAACAGCCACGACUGGGACCGCACCAUCAUCUCCACUGUAUUCUCCUGCAUCGCCUUUGUGGCUUAUGCCAUGGAUGUGACCUGGACUAGGGCCCAGCCCAACAUGAUCACAGGCUAUAUGGCCACUGUGCCAGGCCUGCUUAAGGGGCUGGAGACCAUUGUGGCCUGUGUCAUCUUUGUCUUCCUCAGCAACACCUCCCUGUACCUGCACCAGCCAGCCCUGGAGUGGUGUGUGGCCGUGUACUCCAUUUGCUUCAUCUUGUCAUCCGUGGCCAUCCUGCUGAUCCUGGGCAAAUGUGACAACAGGCUGUCCAUCCCCUUCUCCAUUUUCCAGCUUCUUGUGCUCACCACGCUCUCCGUCCUCCUUUAUAUCAGUGCUCUGGUCCUCUGGCCACUCUACCAGUUUUAUGAGGAGUUCGGCGGGCAGCCCCAGAGGUCCAGUGAUGGGGACUGCAGGGAUGAGCUCACCUACAACAUGUGCACCUGGGACCAGCGACUGGCUGUGGCCAUCCUGACAGCCAUCAACCUGCUGGCUUACGUGGCCGACCUGGUGUACUGGGCCCGCCAGGUCUCUGGACUGAGGACCAACCCAGGGACUUCUGAUCCCCUCUGGUCACAGGAGGUCUCCUCACUGAGCUCUGUUGUCCUCUGA